AUGCCGCCUCUCAAGAAACGCAAACUAAGCCAUGGCGAGUCCUCUGACGACGAGUCCGUCGUCUCAGCAGUCCACUCCGAAGCCAGCGAUGGUGGCGACGAGGUGCCAACGACAGAACCGUCAAAACCAAAGACAUUUAAAGAGCUAGGAAUCAUAGAGUCUCUGUGUGAGGCCUGCGAAUCACUCAAUUACAAGACACCUACGCCCAUCCAAGCCGAAGCGAUCCCGCUGGCCUUACAAGGACGAGAUCUUAUCGGGCUGGCAGAGACCGGCAGCGGCAAGACGGCAGCGUUUGUGCUUCCAAUCUUACAGGCUCUCAUGGAUAAGCCGCAGCAGCUGCAUUCACUCAUCUUGGCACCUACGAGAGAACUGGCAUACCAGAUCAACGAUGCGGUGGUUGCGUUGGGCUCGGUGAUUGCAGUUCGCUGUGCUGUUCUGGUUGGUGGAAUGGAUAUGAUUCAACAAGCGAUCGCCUUGGGCAAGAAACCGCAUGUUGUUGUUGCAACGCCUGGGCGGCUACUGGAUCAUCUCGAGAACACAAAAGGUUUCUCUCUGCGCCAACUCAAGUAUCUGGUCAUGGACGAGGCCGAUCGACUACUGGACCUGGACUUCGGCCCCAUCCUGGACAAGAUCCUGAAGAUCCUCCCAAGAGAAGGAAGAAAGACAUAUCUUUUCUCGGCCACCAUGUCGAGCAAAGUCGAGUCCUUGCAACGAGCAUCGUUGUCAAACCCCUUGCGGGUGGCCGUCUCUCAGGACAAAUACCAGACGGUGUCAACACUGAUACAAUCAUACCUGUUCAUCCCGCACAAGCAUAAAGAUCUGUAUCUCAUCCAUGUCUUGAACGAGUAUGCUGGCCAGACGGGCAUCAUCUUCACACGAACGGUCAACGAGGCGCAACGCAUAUCCAUCCUUCUGCGGACGCUCGGCUUCUCGGCAAUUCCUAUUCACGGCCAAUUGUCCCAGCAAGCUCGACUGGCGGCGCUGAACAAAUUUCGCGCAAAGUCUCGCAAUAUUUUGGUUGCUUCUGACGUGGCGUCACGGGGCCUGGAUAUUCCUUCAGUCGACCUCGUGAUCAAUUAUGAUCUCCCCCACGACAGCAAGACGUAUAUCCAUCGGGUUGGGCGUACGGCGCGAGCGGGCAAAAGUGGCAAGGCUAUUUCUUUUGUCACGCAGUAUGACGUGGAGUUGUGGAUGAGGAUUGAAGGAGCGCUGGGCAAGAAGUUGAACGAGCAUGAGACGGUCAAGGAGGAGGUUAUGGUGCUGGCUGAGAGAGUCGGCGACGCGCAGCGGGCAGCCGUCCUGGAGAUGAAGGAACUACAUGAGAACCGAGGCAAGAAGGGGGCGACGCUGAGGCACAAGCGGACUGUGAAGGGCGGCGGGAAGAGAGGGCGAGACGACAUGGACCAGGACGAAGGGUAG